AUGGCUUCGUACAAUCCACAGCCCACUCACUCACUCGUCGCUUCCAGCAUCCCAAGCCCAAACCCUCGAUCCCCUUUCUCCACCACGGCCGCCAUGGCGCCGCCGCAGCCGCCGCUGGCCUCCAUCCCCAUCCCCGACGACCUCCUGGAGGAGAUCUUCCUCCGCCUGCCCACCCCGGACGCGCUCGCCCGCGCCUCCGCCGCCUGCACCUCCUUCCGUCGCGUCAUCAAAGGCCGCGCCUUCCGCCGCCGCUUCCGCGGGCUGCACCGGCCUCCGCUCCUCGGCUUCAUGGACGCGGCCGGAUUCCACCACGCCCAGGCGCCGCACCCCUCCGCCCCGCUCGCCGGCGCCCUCGCCCCCCGCGCCGCCGAUUUCUCCUUCGUCCCGGCCGUCGUUUCUUCUUGCUCCUACUACGUCCCGCCGGGCGUCCAAGACGACGGGGAAGGCCCCCGCUGGCGCCCCCGCGACGUCCGCGGCGGCCGCGUCCUCCUCGAUUGGAUCUCCCUCCACCCCCGCACCGUGCGCAUUUGUUGCUACCACGAAGACGACGCCGAAGUAAGCAUCCUCAUGGACGUUAAUGAGCUCACCCCGCGUGACCGCCCCACGUGGACCGAACGGGAGCGGUGCAACGCCGCCGACUUCCACCUCGCCGUCUGCGACCCCCUGUCCAGCAGAUACGUGCUGCUUCCAACCAUACCUGAAGACCUCGCCGCCCAGCCGCAAGAUUCUCUUUGGGAGUUCGAGCCUGUACUUGCUUCAAACACCAGCGAGAAUGGGGAGGAGGAACCCUUCAAGGUGAUAUGCAUAGCAAAAUACCAGACCAAGCUCGUCCUCUUUGUCUUCCCGUCCACAACUAUGCAAUGGUGUAUGGUGGAGUCUCCUGUCCUCCCUUCUUUGGAUCAGAUGUCCUGUUUUGACUGUGUGCGCGGUCGCUUCUACUGGACAGAACCUUAUACUUGGAGCGACCAUUUGAUGGUGCUGGACACGUGCACCAUGAGGUUUUCCACUGUCGAUCUUCUCACCGGUUACCAUCAGGAGCUCAGAGAUCUGCACCACCAGAACUCUUAUCGUGGACGUCCGAAUUCAGUUGUUACGGGUAGGGAAGGAACCCUUGAGAUGUUUUCUCUUGUCCGUGAGAAUGGCUACUUUGCUCUCUACCAUACCUCUCUACAGAAUAAUUCCCAAGAAUGGAAGCUCGAGAAGGUCAUAAGCCUGCCAGGGCAGUAUCAUGACUAUUCCAUUUCCACAGUGGGUGCAGCUGAGGGAUUCUUGUUCUUCCAAGGCGCUCCAAAAGGUAUUCGUAUUGAGAAUGUGGAUUGUUACUCAAUGGAGGUCAAGACUUAUGAAAUUACCAAAGUCUGUACAAGGAUGGAGCAGUUCCUCAAUCGCAAACGUGCUCUCCCCUGCUUUAGCUUCCCGCCGCUGUUAUUGGAACCAACUAUCUGA